AUGGUGAACUUUGCAGUGGCAUUUCUGUUUCUUGCAAUCACCAAUGCUGCAGUCAGUCCAGUAUCCCUCAACUCUGAUAUUUCCCUCAUCAUUCAUAACGACCUGACGGAAAACGAGAGUUCUUUGUCUGACUCCGGGAUUUUGGUCCUUGACCCUCGCACAUGGCAAGAAGCCACCGAAAGCUGUGUCAGACUGGGAGCAACUCUUUGGAGAAGUGAACCAGGCCCAGAAAUCAUCCAAAGUGGUCUGAAAUACCUUUUGCAUCUUGGCAGAUAUUCCUCCGGUCAGCGCUUUUGGGUCUCCCCCAAAUAUCAAAAGCCGUCGAGUUUAAACACCAAUGGGCAGAUCGAGGUUUCUUCAGCAGAGGAGAGAUUACCUGUUCUAUGCACACAGACUGCUCCUUAUUCCAACAGCACGUUCCAGGAUACAAGCGCACAAUUUCGUGAUCGUGUCAGCUUCAGAUUUCUGGGUAUCCGCUAUGCGAGCCAACCGGAAAGAUGGCGAUACUCCCAAGUGUAUGAAGGGGGCAAUGAAUCCACGUCGGCUCUCGACUACGGUCCCAGCUGCGUGCAAGGUACAACUGGCUCCGAGGAUUGUCUUUUUCUCAAUAUCUGGACACCUUAUAUUCCCCACCCGUUGAGGACUCGAAAGAAAAAGCUCAAACCCGUGAUGCUCUGGAUACAUGGCGGAGCGUUUACAGGUGGAACUUCCAGCGAUCCAACAUUCGAUGGCGGGAAUUUAGCCUCACGAGGCGAUGUCGUUGUUGUUGCAAUAAAUUACCGACUAGGAACCUUUGGAUUUCUCGCGCUGAACGAUGGGGAGACUAAUGGAAAUUACGGACUGGCAGACCAGAUCACAGCCCUAAAAUGGGUCCGUCAAAAUAUCAAGGCGUUCGGCGGAGACCCGGACAGGAUAACGAUUUUCGGACAGUCCGCUGGCGCAGGCUCUGUAAGAGCCCUGCUUGCCUCUCCCAAGACACGCAAUAUGAUUGCUGGGGCCAUCAUGCAGAGCAACCUAGGGGGCUUGGCUUAUGGCACAACAUACUCCAAAUAUUACACUAUAUCGCAGCAGAUGGAAGUGGUUGGAAAUGCCAUUCUCAAAGAAACGAACUGCACGGAAGCAGCCUCGCCAGUUGGGUGCUUAAGAGAGCUUCCUACAGCAAGCAUCUCGAAUCUCGCCGACUCAGCACGUUAUCUAGUCGUGGAUGGCAUUUACCUCCAAACAGCGGAGUUGGGUUUAACACGUUCUUCAUCCACUGCCCACGUCCCACUUAUGAUCGGCACAAUGAGAGAUGACGGUGCUGCAAUGAUAGGAUAUCCUUCAGAGAAAGAAACAUUGAGGUCCUUCCUCAAUGAUACUGGUCUGCCUGAUUCGAUCUCAGCAAGCCGAUUGUUCCCGAUUCCGUCAACUUCCAAUGCCACCUUGGACAUAUUCAAUACAUCAUCUCGCAUAGCCACAGACGGAAUGUUCCGCUGCAUUGAUGCAGCAACAGCCCAUGCAGGUUUGAAGAACCGUAUUUUCCCCGACAUUUUUUACUACGAGUUCAACCGCUCUUAUCAAAUGCCUGACUGGUCACCCAAUGCCCCGGUCUGUAAUGCGCCCAUCACAGAGGAGAUGAAGCACGGUGAUCCUAGCCAGGAGUACUUCAAGUGCCAUUCUGGGGAGUUGUUCUACGUAUUUGGAAGUUUCCGCCGGCAGGGAUUGCCGUUCCGAGAUGCGUUUGAUCUCCCAUUCGCACAAUACGUGCUGGAUUCUUGGGCAAGCUUUGCGAGAAAUGCUACGCCUACCCCGGAUUCCAGGCUCUUGAAGGCAAGAGGGUAUAACAGCACUGCCCACCAAAUUGGUACCCACGGUCCCUGGAAGUCUUUCGGGGACAAUGGCCAGAUGCAAGCUCUCCAGUGGCCUUCUGAGAUGACGGGUUUGGCGGACUUGGAACAAUGCCGCGAGCUGGAACUUCCUUUGGAUUAUUAUGUUUAG